AUGUCCCUCGACUCACUGCCAACAGAGAUAAUCCUGAACAUCGCAUUUUCCUUUUUUCCGUCAUUAGACCCACUAAAUUCAUUAUGCCAAACCAGUAAACGAUUCUACUCCAUCCUAGAGCGGUGUCUAUACACAGAAGAUGUCCGACACCACAAUUCGUCAAGCGUUUACUGGGCUGCCGAGCGCGGCAAUCUGACCGUUUUACGCAAGGCCAUCAAUCUAGGAAAAUCGCACAUUCCUACACGCGAAGACUACGCCUCCGUGGACGACGACGGACGGAGACGAAGAAUGGAGAUCGUCGAACAGAGAAUAGAGCUACUAUAUGGAAGAUCUGGACCCAAUUUCUGUUGGGGAUUUGAUAGGGGACAUCCCAUUUGUCGGGCCGCUCACAGCGGGCAUGAUCAGGUGGUGAAAUUCUUAAUGGAUGAAGUCGGGUGCAGUCCGCAUAUCCGGGAUUGGCAAGAUUUCUGCUUAGUAUCCCUCGGUAUGGUAGGUGGCUUGGAUAAGGAGACAAUCCAGAUCUUCCUGGAUCGGGAGGUCCAUCAGUAUGUUAGAAACACCAAUGAUUAUUGCCCGCUUAAUAUUGCUGCGUUCAACGGCGACAAAGACUUGGUAGAAUUGUUGCUGUUGAGUACGCGUCCAGAGUAUCUUGAACAGCAAAUUCAAAGCUCCUUUCUGAUCGCAAUGCGGGCUAAGCAGAUACCGGUGGCUUUACAGCUCGUGGACCAUGGAGGCGUGGACAUGAAUUGUGAUUUGACUUGGUGGACCAAAGAUCAGAAAAGAUACAUGACAACUCCGUUGGGAUGGGCGGUGUUCCACGGAUAUCUCGAUCUAGUCAAAGCGUUUGUUGAAAAGGGUGCUGAUGUCAAUUUCGUUGCGACACUGGGGAAGCGACUGGCAGUGGGUCACCGGAUCCUCUUCGACGCCGUUGCGGAGAAAAAGACAGACAUCGUGCAAUUUCUAGUAAAGAGAACAACUGGCCGUGUCGCACGUACCAAAGCGUUGUCACUAGCUGUUGAUCGCGCCUCGUUAAGUGAGGAUCCUGCCUCUGCAGAAAGCGAAGUAAUGCAAAUACUUCUAAAAGACGGGGUUUGCUGCAAUUACGAAGAAGAUGACAUCCGACCACCCCCUACGGAUCCCCCUCCUCAAUUCACCACUGAUUGUAGUUUUGGAGGGGAGAUGGAAGAUGGCGAAUUUAUACCACCCAUCGUCUAUGCAGUUCGCGCUGGAAACUUGCGACUGGUCCAAUUACUUCUUUCUCAUGGCGCAGAUAUCGAUACUGGCUACCGACAACUGCUAGAAACAAAGUCAAAAUUCUGCUGCGGGAGAAUACUCGAUUUGGCUAUGGACCUAGGACACCAGGAGAUUGUGGAUUUUUUGAUAAAUUCAGGCGCGAAGCUGGAUAUGGGCCUUCCUUCAUCCAUAGAUGGUAUCCACUGUGCCAGCAUUGAUUGUCCUGUCUUUCAAGAAGAAAUGGGGAAACGGUGGAAAGCAAUGAUGCACCCGGGGCCCUUUUUAGACGCGGAACGACCGAGUGACCUUGAGUCGGAGCCUGAGUAG